AAGGGUUGGAAGCGCACGUUGGCUCUGUAUUUCGUGUUCCACGCGGUCAAGACGUCCGACACGCUGGCCAGCCUCAAGGAGAAUUUCGCAGACACGCAGCUCGCCGACUUCGGCAACGUGUACGCCAUCGUACCAGACGCCAAGUCCGACAUCGAUCGCAUCGACACCAACCUCACAGCAUCUCUCGUGGCUGCUGCCUCGCGGGAACGGCCGAACUGCUUCAAAUGGUUACACCAAGUGCACAAGAAGUUGCUCCUCGGCGCCUCCGAGAAGGAUGUGAUCAACCUUUGGAAAGAUGCAAAAGAAGUGAAGACAGUGUACGGCAUCGGGCAAGGAGAAGCUACCGCUGUGGUGAACCUCUGCCGUGGCAUCCCGAAGGAGGCUACUGAUGUCUUGAAGAAUGCUGCUGCCAAAUGGGGAGUCGUGAAAGGGCCCGUGACGCACGCAGGCAUCGGAUGCCCUGCGAUAACAGAAGGAUGGGGCCCAGACAUGAACACCGCUGAUCUGUCCAAUGAGUUCAAAAACACGGCCCACACCGUGCUCCUCAUGGCCAAGAAGGCGGUGAAGGUGUUCGAGGACGCGCCUGCGCCUUUGCGGAAGCCGAAGGGCCACAAGGAGAUCGUCGAGUUGCAGCUCCUGUGCCGCGGCUUCGAGGUAAGCAUGAACAAGGUGAAGCAGCGGCUCCCCGAGCCCGUCUAUAACGCCAACGUGGACAUGAUGUACGAGAAGUUCAUGGCUGGGUUCAUGGACGCCAGCCUGCCGCCAGCAGUGGACAACGCACUGACCGACUUGGACAUCUGCUUGAUACCCGAGUUCCGCUCGCUGAUAGCUGGCGUCGAGGAUGAGGAACGUCGGAAGAACCUAGAGAAGAGCGAGGAGCUCAACGCGAAGCUGCAGCAGGCCUCGCUGGAGAACUUACUGCAACGUCUCGCUGUGGACAAGCAGGCGCUGAUGAAGUACUACGCCGAAGUGGCGAAAGAUAUCAAUUCGUUCAGCGACCGGGAGGCCGCCCGAAAGAAGAAGCUGUCGAAGACGGGGAUGGAUGCAGUGAGUGCCCGGAUGACCACGCACUGCUAUAUCGUCGACACUUCGCAGGUGAAGUCCAACGAGCUCGUGGGCACGAUGACGGCAGAGUACAGCUCGUGGAAGCACGACGUCGCCUCCCUCGCUACACAAAUGUCAGAUACCAGUCCGUCCGUAUGGACGCUAGUUGUGUUGGAUUUCUCAAUCGCGCCGCCCAUGGAGGACAUGGACUCCUACAUCCAAGUCUGCGCUAGCAUCCUACAUCAGGACUCCCUGAACGCGGCUUUCGUUCUCUUCCCGAAGACCCACAAGGCUCUCGACGUCGCUCGCCAGCUGAGCCUCGUGCGGCGCAUCGAGGAUAAGCUCCUUGGCGCGGCGGUGGAUAUCGAGAGGGAGGUCGACGUGCACUACAGCGUGCAAGACGAGCAUGGGAACGAUGCGAGGCCGCACAACCACAGAGCCAGACUAUGCGUUUCGAGUCGGGUGGGGACCAAGAGCCCCUGGUGCAGGGGGAAGCUUUCGCGGGGCGCCUUGAAUCUGGAGCUCAUCAGGGUGAAGGACAUGACGGUCUUCAAAGAAGUUGGAUUUGGAGAUCCGUCGAGGGAAUUGGGCCCCGGUGACAGGUUGCUACAAAAAGGACCAGCCGCUUGCAAAGGAAUCUUGGCCAUGACGAGUGCGGAGAACCUACCGACGUGCACCAGGAACGACAAGCUCUUGGUGGUGGAUAUGUGUCCCGCCAUUUCGAACCAGUGGGCGUCGGCUAUCAUGGACUCACAGCUUGAAUGGUUGCAGCAGCCGGACAUCACCCUCCCCAUGCCGUUUUACCUCGGCAUGAACAGGACCUCGAAGGAGAUCUCCGCGAAGCUCAAGGCGGACUCAGCCGCCAAGAUGUUGCGGGAUUGGUGGUCCACUCAGGAGAGGCUGAUCAUGAGGCACGGCAUGCGAUGGCCCACGUUUGUGCGUGUGUGCGUGAACGCUUUGGGCCACCUCGGUCAGGAGAGUGGUCAGGUGGCGCUGGCCUCGAAGCCCACUUUGGAGAUCUUGGUGUGGAACUGCUCUGACGCAAGCAAGGGUGGUGAUGACUAUGGCGUGAAGCUGAGAGACGUACACCACGUAGCCUUCGACGACUCGACGUCCUGCAAGGACACUUGGGACGCCCAAUCGCGGUCGGUGCUGGAUGAGUUGAACUGUCUUGCACCUCGCGCUAGCACUGGCGCUGGCCCUAAUGUCACGCAUAUCCAGCCUGACUACACGGACAGCCCGCCUCCUGUGAUCGAGACCAAGACGCUCAAGGUUUUAGAUGAUUUCAACGAGGAGGAGGUUCUUUUCAAGUCGCGGCCUUUGGUCGACAAGCCCAUCAUCUACGUCAUGAAAGACUUCAGAAUCGUGCUCAAAGUAUGCCCUCAGACCAGCGGGAACUCUGCCAUGCAGCUUCGCCCAUUCGAGAUGUUCGGGUUCGGGGCCGGGGAUUUCGUAGUUGAGAAAUGGGAUGUUUUAGCCAAGGACGUCAACAACCACCUGCAGUUCAAGAUCGACGACGAUACCAGCUGGAUCAUCUGGGGCCUGGAGGCCGACGAGGCCGGCGCGCUCGACGAGGUGAAGACUCCCACCCUUCUGUGCGAGGCCGUGGCUACCGCGCUGGAGAAGAAAUCACUUGACAACGUUGGGCUGCAGUUCUACAAGUUGACUCCAAAAACAAAUACAGAUGGUACUACUGAAGUUCGUUUGCGGUACACUGUGACUUCGCACAUCCAGUCGACUGCUUUCAUUCCGACUCCGAUGUCAGACGCUUUGCUGGUCAAGAAGGAUCAGAAGGCCGCUCAGCUAGGAAGCGCCUUCCUCGGUAAGUUCGGGCUCCUCCCGAACAACGAUUGUCGCAUCUUGUGGGAUUGUACCUUGGACGAGGCGAACCCGGCGCAGUUCAAGCCGAUCAAGCCGAAGUGUUGGUUCGUGAAGAACACCUCGCUGGACGCGAGUACCUACUACGUGCUGGAGU